AUGCUUUUCUCGCAAUUCGUCAAGUUCACCGAAGAAAUCCUGGGCAAUUGGUCGGAGAAACGCGGUUGGGAGUUUGAUGCGAGAUAUGCGAACCGUUGGGAGUUCGACAUCGAUCCGGAGUCGGAGGAUUUGGAAGGAUUGCACCUCAGAAUUGUUGUGUACUUGGAAGAACCAUUUGUUAUCAAAAGUGGAGAAAAUCGAUAUGAAGGAUUCUGUAUUGAUCUUCUUAAUGAAAUGGCGAAAGUGCUGAAAUUCAACUAUACGAUUAUCGAAGUGCAGGAUGGAACCUAUGGAAUCGAGGACGAAUCGGGACGUUGGAAUGGAAUCAUCGGCGCGCUUCAACGACAUGAAGCGGAUCUUUCGCUAUCGGCGGUUACUAUCACCUAUAGUCGAGCGGAAGUUGUUGAUUUCACAUUGCCGUUUAUGCACUUGGGAAUAUCGAUACUGCUCGCGAGAACCUCGGAAGAAACGGAUAAAGGUUCAUUGUGGACAUUUCUGGAACCUUUAAGCCUUACAGUAUGGCUCAGUCUGCUUGCCAGCUACUGUAUCGUGUCAUAUUCGAUGCACUUGCUAGCCAAAUUCAGCCCAUAUGAAUGGUAUAACAUUGAAAGAAUUGAUGAACGUGAUUUCGAGAAUAUCAAGAAUCAGAAGAAUCAAUUCACCGUGCUCAAUUCAUUCUGGUUCACGAUGGGAUCUCUAAUGCAGCAGGGUUCCGAUGUGAUUCCGCGAGCCGCCGCCACUCGUCUUAUCGCCGUCGUCUGGUGGAUGUUCACCCAAAUCAUCAUUUCAUCGUAUACCGCCCAAUUGGCGGCGUUUCUGACCGUCGAGCGUAUGUCGACACCAAUUGAGAGCACCCAAGAUUUGGCGAAUCAGCAAAAAAUCAAAUAUGGCACAUUGAAGAGCGGCUCGACGAUGGACUUUUUUCGCGAGAGCAAAAUUCCGAUGUAUGAGAGAAUGUGGUCUAUUAUGGAAUCGUCAUCGCCCGGCGUUUUUGUGAACAGCUCUCGUGAAGGAAUUGCCAGAGUGAAAGCUGGAGGAUACGCUUACAUGAUGGAAUCAUCGAUGCUCGAAUAUUAUUUGGAGCGCGAUUGCGAACUUCAAAGUAUUGGUGGAUUACUGGAUUCAAAGGGAUACGGUAUUGCUCUUCCCAAAGGCUCGCCGCUUCGAGAUAUUCUAUCAAGAACGGUUUUGCAAUUACAAGAGCGAACGAUAUUGGAAGCGUUGAAGAAUAAAUGGUGGCGAGAUAUGAGAGAAGGACCAUCUUGUGCGCCGCCAUCGGAAAAAAUGGCCAAUAAUCGUCCCCAAAAUAUAUUUGGAAUCUUCUACGUGUUACUAACGGGUCUUAUUGUGGCUUUUCUACUCGCCUGUGGUGAGUACUGUAUCGAGUCUCGGCACGACGUGUUCCGACUCCGAUUGACGAUUCUCGGAAAGAUAAUUCAUUGGUUCCGAAACCGGAAUAAUGGCACGAGUCGGUCGAGAAGCAAAUUGAGGAAUGUGCAAUUGGACACCGCCGGUCAGGAUAUUAGCCUAUCGACGACAUCUCGAAGCGAACGAUGCUUGGUGCCGGAUCGUCCGGAUCCGUCGCCGCCGACGCCGACGAUUUGCAUUGUGGCUUGCGAUGACGGGUCUCGACGUGAACGGACACCGUCGGAUGGUAGUCGGGCGGCGAUCAGCCGCGCUGGACUCCGACGGCUCAGCCGAAUGCUGCCGGCGACGACGCACGAACAAUUAUCGAGGGUUCGCCAGGGCAGCAAUGCGUCAUAUCUUGAAUAA